AUGUGCGCUCGGCAGCUACGGUCAUUCGCGGACGGCUUUCCAAACCUGUUCGUCAAAGAUGCGCUCGACAUAAGGAACCAGCACGUGGCAUACCUUGCGUCGUUCCACGACCCUGCCGUGAUCUUCGAGCAGCUGUCUGUCAUCUAUGCACUGCCGCGGCUGUUCGUCAGCUCCUUUACAUUGGUCCUUCCAUUCUUCCCGACAGGGACGGCCGAGCGCAUGGAGCAGGAAGGCGACGUCGCUACCGCAGUGACCCUGGCACGGAUGCUGUCGAACAUACCGAUGUCGAGGGGCGGGCCGACGUCUCUCGUGAUCUUUGACAUUCACGCUCUGCAGGAGCGAUUCUAUUUCGGGGACACGGUUCUGCCGCUGUUCGAAUCCGGCAUUCCUCUCCUCCGCGACGAGCUCCGGGCACUGCCUGACGCCGAUCACAUCACGAUUGCAUACCCUGACGAGGGUGCAUGGAAGCGCUUCCACACGUUCUUUGACGAUUACCCCGAGGUCAUCUGCACCAAGGUUCGCGACGGCGACAAACGCAUCGUCCGGCUGAAGGAGGGGGACCCGAAAGGACGGCACGUUGUCAUCGUGGACGACUUGAUCCAGUCCGGCGGAACGCUGAUUCAGUGUCAGCGCAUGUUGUCCACGCUCGGAGCUGCCCACGUCUCUGCGUAUGCCACACACGGAGUGUUCCCAUCGAAGUCCUACGAGAAGUUUCAGGAGGAGAAGGACGGAGGCUUCAAGCAUGUCUGGAUCACCGACUCGAACCCCGUCAUCGCCAAGGCCUUGGAAGGACGGGCGCCCUUCUCCGUCAUCACCCUGGCACGCCCGAUCGCAGACGCCCUGCAGAUCUGA